UUUGUUUGCAGAUGCCAUAUCUACUGUCUACAGAUGGAGCUUUAACUGUGCAAAAAGAUGUUAAAGGGGGAUUGACAGCACAGAAAGGUGGAGUUGUUCGUCGGAUGUUUGUCGUAAAUGAACCGUUUGCACCAGGAGCUCAACGAGUCAUAACUGCAGGUACUACUACACCAUCGGUGGUGAAGAAACAAGACCAACAACAAGUGCUCAGUAUUAACUGCGACAAAAAUUACCUACUUGUAGAUCAAUCAGAUCAGUCACAUUCUCUGACUAAUGGUAUCGUCGACACGAAGUCACAAACCAUUCUAACAACAGCUGGCGCUAAAACGCAUUUCAGUCCCAUCGGGCCGAUUCAUCUCACUGCAGAGGAAUGCAACGAGAUAUUAAUGAAACGAGCGCUUGCCGCAUCUCACCAGACUCACACGAUCACUACUCCAGACGGACAUGGGACGACAAGUAAGACUGUAAAAAUUUCAAAGAAAUUCUAAGCUCCCUUCGUCCGUGCCUUUAAACAUCGUGUGACGAUCAACUACUAUUUCCACUAAUGUAUAGGCUUUAAAAAUUCAUUAAAAAAGCGCAGGCAUUAGAAAUGCUAACAUAUGUACUGAUCGUAAAGAUCUUCAGUUCAAACGAAUUUUUCAACUUCCGAUUUAAAGUGUUCGAUAUUAUU